GCCUGGUGCCAAGACAGAUUGUGAUGCCGACAGUGCUUAUAAACCAGUUGAACUUGUUACGGUGCCUGCACUUGGUCCGGAAUGGCAGUUAUCUGAGAUGAAAAACAUGGCCAAGUCGGGUCGACGAGAGAUCAAGGGUGAUAAAUGGCAGGAGAAGUGGAAAGCUCGGCAUCGCAGAGAUGUAGUUCACCGAAACAUUUCUGGCCUUCUUCUUGUUUGGGUUGUGCGCCAUCUGAUGGCCAUGGUGUGUCUUCCUACUCCCCUAUGCGCCCCACUGAGUUAUUCCAGCGACUUCUUGGAAACCCUAGACGAGGGGUCUUUCUUCACUACAUCUCCAGCAGUGACCCCCGCCCUCAUGUCUACUCCCGCGUUCUCUCAGGCUACUCCAUAUAUCUCAAAUUCUGCGUCUGCUGCUGAAGCGACGUCCAAUCCUCCAGCACACCCUGAGCCACCCGCUGAAGAGCCUGCCCUGCCUCUUCUUCCGUCUGCUACCAAAACAGAAUUUUUUUGUUGACUGCUGCAGAUUAGGAGUCAAGUACGCACAACGAGCGGCUGAACCGCGUUAUUCGGAGCAAAUACGAGGCAGGUCUGCUCAAGCCGUAUGAUUAUAUCGAGGGCUACGCACGAUUGUCAAGUGUUUAUCGACAAUCGAAGCAGCAAAUGCUUCAACACUUUUUUAUCUUUCCUUUUUAGUUUAAUUCCCCGACGCGCCUCAGCGCCUUAUGCAAGAGA